AUGGUUUGGAUAAGUGUUUUAAGAUCCGAAGAGAAGGGAGUAUCGCCGCUGGUCGUACGUCUGUUUUUCGAGGAAGCAGAUGUAUUCACCCUUUUGAAGAUCACGAUUGAAGAUCCUAAGGAUGAUUAUGUAAUUUUGAAGGAACUAGAGGGGUUGGGUGGUGGUACUGGUCGCGGCGGCGGUGGUUAUUGUUUGCUGCCUUCUCCUUCCUCGUCGUCGAGGAGUUGUAGUAGUUUUGGUCGCGGCUUUUGGUUGUCAUUUGGUUAUCUAGUUCUUUCCUUUAACUCAUCUUCACAAAAUCAAGAACAUACAACAGAUCCAGGAAAUUCGAGACAGCAAUACUUGAUGUAA